AUGGCAUAGAGAUUGUAAAGAAAUCGCAGAAGAGAAGAUUCAGAUGAUGAUCAGGGUGAAGAGGAAAAGUAAUAACCUCCAAAUCAACUUGAACUCAUCGAGUAGCAACUCAAUGAUCCAGAUGCCAAGCUGACUAAAAAGGAAAUUUAGAAAUUGUAGAAGAAGCAUGAAAAGGAAAAGAUGAAGGAUGCCAUGAAGCAACAAAGAGAAGCUGAGUAAUAAAGAAGACUUGAGCAGGAGCAUAAAGAAGAAGAAAUAGAAAAUAAGAGAAAGUUUGAGGAAGAGUUGAAACUUGAAGAGGAGAGAAAGAAAAAAGAGGAGGAGGAGAAAAAAGAGCAAGAAGAGUAUAAUAAAUGGAAAGAAAUGUUCGCAGUAGAGGAAGCAGGCACCAAUGAAGAAGAAGGCGAAGAGUAUGAGAACAAAUUGCAAUAAUUUAUUGAGUUCAUUGAAAUCAGAAAAGUAGUUCUAUUUGAAGACUUAGCUGCUGAGUUUUCUCUUAGCACAAAGGAUAUAAUUGAUAGAAUAUAAAGGCUUAUGGAGACUGGCAGGAUCUCAGGUAUCACUGAUGAUAGAGGAAAGUUCAUUCAUAUUACUCAACAAGAAUUCGAUGCAGUCGCUAGAUAUAUCAAGAUAAAAGGAAGAGUCAGCAAGAGUGAUCUCUAAACUGAGUGUAAUAGGCUAGUAAGAAUGUAACCCAGAGCAGAAGAUAGAGCUAAAAUCUAACAAGAGCAAAAGAAUCUAUUGGAGAAGGUAGAAAAGUAGUUCAUUAAAGAGGAAGAGGUUAAGGCUUGA